ACGCAGGGAGCCGCCGGAGAGAGAGCACCGCCACUCCGUGAACUGAGUGGAAAUGUGGCCAAGUUUUGGAAUUUAAACCAUGGCGAGGAUUUCUUCGCUACGGAUCACUUGACCGGGCUCCCACAACAUUGCUCCCUGGAUGAAGUUCCUCACGAUGGUGUGCAACGCUGUGACCAGGACGGUGGAUCAGUAGUGUUCCCUUCUUCACCCCCCCCUCGCUCCUUGUCGCAUUGUUUCUCCACAGUAGAGCACAAAAGACUCAAAAGCCCCAUUUGGAUCUCCUACCAGAGCUUGCACACUUCCUCUUUUCCUCCCCCUCCCCCUAGCCUUUGCACGGGACAGCCCAAAGAUGUUCCGCCAGGCUCGAUCAACAGUUGACCCUGUUCUGGGGAACUUGUUUCUUACGUUCGGGCUUCUGCUUAUGGUGACCUCAUCCGUCCGUGGAGGCCAGCCGCCCACCUUCAAGCGGUUCACACCCGCAGAGUGGGGGCUAACACAUUUGGCCAUUCACAACAAAACCGGGGAAGUCUAUGUCGGAGCCGUCAACUGGAUUUUCAAACUGUCUAGCAACCUAACUAAACUGCGCAGUCACAUGACCGGACCGGUUGUGGACAACGAAAAGUGUUACCCUCCACCCAGCGUCCAGUCGUGCCCCCAUGAUCUGGCCCAGACACCCAAUGUGAACAAGCUUUUACUGAUCGACUAUGCCCAGAAUCGCCUCAUUGCGUGUGGUAGCACUUCGCAGGGCAUCUGUCAAUUUCUCCGUCUGGACGACCUCUUCAAGCUGGGCGAGCCUCACCAUCGCAAGGAGCACUACCUGUCCAGUGUGGCCGAGUCGGGGACCAUGUCAGGAGUCAUCAUAAGUUCCCCUCACAGUCCCACAAGCAAGUUGUUCAUCGGAACGCCGAUUGACGGCAAGUCAGAGUACUUCCCGACCCUGUCCAGCCGAAAGUUGAUGGAGAAUGAAGAAAAUGCCGACAUGUUCAGCUUCGUCUAUCAAGACGAGUUUGUCUCCUCUCAACUUAAGAUUCCAUCGGAUACGUUGUCCAAGUUCCCCGCCUUCGAUAUUUACUACGUUUACAGCUUCAGCAGCGAACAGUUUGUCUAUUAUCUUACGAUGCAGCUCGAUACUCAGCUCACGUCUCCUGAUGCCAGCGGAGAGCAGUUCUUCACCUCCAAAAUCGUACGCCUCUGCGUAGAUGACCCGAAAUUUUACUCCUACGUGGAGUUCCCGAUUGGCUGCACUAAAGAUGGUGUCGAGUACCGCCUGGUUCAGGAUGCCUACUUGGCCCGGCCCGGCCGCGACUUGGCCAGAUCUCUGGGGAUCUCCGAGAACGAAGACAUCCUUUUCACAGUUUUCUCGCAGGGUCAGAAGAACCGUGCCAAACCGCCCAAAGAGUCGGCGUUGUGCUUAUUCACCCUGAGACGGAUCAAGGAGAAAAUCAAAGAGAGGAUUCAGUCCUGUUACAAAGGAGAUGGGAAGCUCUCCUUACCGUGGCUUCUCAACAAGGAACUGGCCUGCAUCAACUCUCCUUUGCAGAUAGAUGACAACUUCUGUGGCCAGGACUUCAACCAGCCUCUGGGUGGAACCAGCACCAUUGAGGGCAUCCCCCUCUUCAUCGACAAAGAAGACGGCAUGACAUCGGUGGCAGCGUACGACUACCGUGGCAACACCGUGGCUUUCGUCGGCACACGCAACGGAAAACUGAAAAAGAUCUUGGUGAACCGUCCAGCGGUGCUCUAUGAGAAGGUGACCCUAAGUGAAGGGGGCAGUCCCUUGCUGAGGGACAUGCUCUUUAGCCCAGACCAGCAGAACCUCUACAUACUAACUGACAGACAGGUGGUGAGAGUUCCAGUGGAGAGCUGUGAACAGUACACCACGUGUGGGGAGUGUUUGGGCUCCAGAGACCCUCACUGUGGUUGGUGUGUCCUUCACAAUGUGUGCUCACGAAAGGACCGCUGCGAACGGGCGGGAGAACCUCAGAGGUUUGCCACGGACCAGAGGCAGUGUGUGGAGCUCACGGUUCAGCCUAAGAAUAUUUCCGUCACCAUGUCGGAAGUUCAGCUGGUCCUUCAGGCUCAGAAUGUUCCUGAUUUGGUAGCGGGGGUCAACUGCUCCUUCGAGGACUACGUGGAAACCGAGGGCAUCAUCCAAGGCGGAUACAUUUACUGCCUGUCUCCCUCUGCCCGUGAUGUCAUCCCCAUCACACGGAACAAAGGCGACAAGCGGGUGGUGAAGCUUUAUCUGAAGUCCAAGGAGACGGGAAGGAAGUUCGCCAGUGUGGACUUUGUCUUCUACAACUGCAGCGUCCACCAUUCCUGCCUCUCCUGCGUCAACGGCUCGUUCCCGUGUUACUGGUGCAAGUAUCGCCACAUGUGUACCCAGAACGCCAACGACUGCUCCUUCCAAGAGGGACGCGUCAACGUUUCAGAGGACUGUCCCCAGAUCCUGCCAUCAACGCAGAUCUACAUCCCAGUGGGCGUGACCAAGCCCAUCACCCUGGCUGCCAAGAACCUACCCCAGCCUCAAUCAGGCCAGAGGAACUACGAGUGUGUGUUCCACAUCCAGGGAGAGACGCACAGCGUUCCCGCCCUGCGCUUCAACAGCUCAUCCAUCCAGUGCCAGAAGACAGCGUACGCCUACGAGGGCAAUGACAUCAGUGACCUGCCGGUGGAUUUGUCUGUGGUUUGGAAUGGAAACUUUAACAUCGACAACCCCUAUAACAUAAAAGCUCACCUGUACAAGUGCUACGCGCUGAGAGGCAGCUGCGGGAUGUGUCUCAAGGCCAACCCCAGGUUUGAGUGCGGCUGGUGCGUACAAGAGAGGAAGUGCUCCCUCAGGCAGGAGUGCGCCCCCACAGAGAGCACUUGGAUGCACGCCACCACGGGAAACAGCCGCUGUGCGCACCCCAAGAUCACCAAGCUGCUUCCUGAGACUGGACCCAGACAGGGAGGGACCAUGCUGACCAUCACGGGGGAGAAUUUGGGUCUGCAGUUCAAAGACAUCCAGAAUGGAGUCCGCAUCGGAAAGGUGGCCUGCAACCCUCAAGAAGAUCAGUACAUCAGCGCCGAGCAGAUUGUGUGUCGACUGAAUGACGCAACAGGCUACCGGGUGCAGGAGGCCCAAGUGGAGGUGUGUGUGAGGGACUGCAUCCAUCCUGACUACAAAGCUGUCUCCACCAAGGCCUUCACGUUUGUGUCUCCAUACUUCACCCACGUCAGUCCGUCCACGGGGCCGCUGUCCGGAGGAACCAGGAUCACCAUCGAAGGCAGCAACCUUAACGCGGGCAGCGCCGUGUUUGUCAAGAUCGGACUCCAUGCCUGCCGCUUUGAGAAGCGAAGCAGCAAGGAGAUCGUGUGCGUGACCCCGGCGGGACAAGCCCCGGGUCCCACGCCCGUCAUGGUGGACAUCAACUCAGCCGAGCUGAGGAACCCGGAGGUCAAGUUCAACUACACAGACGAUCCCACCAUCCUCAGAAUUGAACCAGACUGGAGCAUCGCCAGUGGAGGAACGAUGUUGACCAUUACUGGGACCAAUCUGCGGACCAUCAAAAAGCCCAAAAUGAGAGCCAAGUAUGGAGCCGCCCAGUCAGUAAAUAAUUGCACCGUCGUCAACAACACGGUGAUGGUGUGUCUGGCCCCCUCCGUGGCCGCCUCCGACAAAGGCUUCUCUGAGGCGGGCAGCAGUCCAGACGAGAUCGGCUUCAUCAUGGAUGACGUCCACUCCGUCUUGGUGGUCAAUGAGACGUUCAGCUACCACCCGGACCCCGUGUUUGAGCCCCUGAGCCCCAAUGGCAUGUUGGAGCUCAAGCCCAGCUCUCCGCUCAUACUCAAGGGCCGUAACCUGAUUCCUGCAGCGCCUGGAAACAGCAAGCUGAACUACACGGUGCUGAUCGGGGAGACGCCAUGUGUCCUCACGCUGUCGGAAAGCCAGCUGCUGUGCGAGUGGCCCAACCUGACGGGGGAGCACAAAGUUACGGUUCGUGUUGGAGGCUUUGAAUAUUCACCAGGGACUUUGCAGAUCUACUCAGACAGCCUUCUCACCCUGCCCGCCAUCAUCGGGAUCGGAGGCGGAGGCGGUCUGCUCCUGCUGGUUAUUAUCGUGGUGCUCAUUGCUUACAAGAGGAAGUCACGCGAUGCGGACCGCACCCUCAAACGGCUACAGCUGCAGAUGGACAACCUGGAAUCCAGGGUGGCCCUGGAGUGCAAGGAGGCUUUCGCCGAGCUGCAAACGGACAUCCAUGAACUCACCCAGGAGUUGGACGGAGCAGGGAUCCCCUUCUUGGACUACCGCACGUACGCCAUGAGGGUCCUCUUCCCCGGUAUCGAGGACCAUCCCGUGCUCAAGGAGAUGGAGGUCCCUGCUAACGUCGAGAAGGCCCUGACAUUGUUCGGCCAGAUGCUGACCAAGAAACACUUCCUGCUGACUUUCAUCCGCACCCUGGAGGCCCAGCGGUCCUUCUCCAUGCGAGACCGCGGCAACGUGGCGUCCCUCAUCAUGACGGCGCUCCAGGGGGAGAUGGAGUACGCUACAGGCGUCCUCAAGCAGCUCCUGUCCGACCUCAUCGACAAGAACCUGGAGAGCAAGAAUCACCCGAAGCUCUUACUCCGGAGGACGGAGUCCGUAGCGGAGAAGAUGCUCACUAACUGGUUCACCUUCCUGCUCUACAAGUUCCUCAAGGAGUGCGCCGGUGAGCCGCUCUUCAUGCUGUACUGCGCCAUGAAGCAGCAAAUGGAGAAGGGGCCGAUAGACGCCAUCACAGGAGAGGCCCGCUACUCCCUCAGCGAGGACAAGCUCAUCCGACAGCAGAUUGACUACAAGACGUUGACGCUGCACUGUGUCAACCCAGAGAAUGAGAACGCACCCGAGGUGACCGUGAAGAGUCUAAACUGUGACACGGUGACGCAGGUCAAGGAGAAGCUCCUGGACGCCGUGUACAAGGGGACGCCCUACUCUCAGAGACCCAAAGCCUCGGAUAUGGACCUGGAAUGGCGGCAAGGAAGGAUGGCUCGCAUCAUCCUCCAGGAUGAAGAUGUGACCACCAAAAUAGACAAUGACUGGAAGAGGCUCAACACCUUGGCUCACUACCAGGUGACGGACGGCUCGGUGAUCGCUUUGGUCCCCAAGCAGAACUCGGCAUACAACAUCUCCAACUCGUCCACCUUCACCAAAUCCCUCAGCAGAUACGGUACGAGAGAAGAGAGCAUGCUGAGAACGGCCAGCAGUCCAGACAGUUUGCGCUCUCGAACCCCCAUGAUCACGCCUGACUUGGAGAGCGGCACCAAACUUUGGCACCUGGUCAAGAACCACGACCACUCAGACCAGAGGGAGGGGGACAGAGGGAGCAAGAUGGUCUCCGAGAUCUACCUGACCCGGCUGCUGGCCACCAAGGGUACGCUCCAGAAGUUUGUAGACGACCUAUUCGAGACCAUCUUCAGCACGGCCCACCGGGGCAGCGCCCUGCCGCUCGCCAUCAAGUACAUGUUCGACUUCCUGGACGAGCAGGCCGACAAACACUCCAUAUCCGACUCGGACGUGCGGCACACGUGGAAGAGCAACUGCCUUCCUCUGCGCUUCUGGGUGAAUGUGAUCAAGAACCCCCAGUUUGUGUUCGACAUCCACAAGAACAGCAUCACGGAUGCCUGUUUGUCCGUGGUGGCCCAGACCUUCAUGGACUCCUGCUCGACAUCGGAGCAUAAACUGGGAAAGGACUCGCCGUCCAACAAGCUGCUUUACGCUAAAGAUAUCCCCAACUACAAGAACUGGGUGGAGAGGUACUAUUCCGACAUCUCCAGGAUGCCGGCCAUCAGUGACCAGGACAUGAGUGCCUACCUGGCGGAGCAGUCGCGGCUGCACGCCAACCAGUUUAACAGCAUGUCGGCGCUGCACGAGAUCUACUCCUACAUCGUCAAGUACAAGGAUGAGAUCUUGUCGGCUUUGGAGCGGGACGAGCAGGCGAGGAGACAAAGACUGAGGAGCAAGCUGGAGCAGGUCAUCGACACGAUGGCCUUGACCAGCUGAAGAUCAGCAGCACCUCCUUCCUUCUUCACGCCACACCUCGCUCCUCUUCCUCCUCUCCCUCCUCUCCCUCCUCUCCCUCCAGACCACAAACACAACUCCACCCCCCAACAAUACGACAAACUGCAAAAGCAUUGAAGCGGUGUACUGCAAAAUGGAGGGGGGUCGGCGGAGAUGGGCGGGGCUGUGUGUGCCUACGUGUGUCUAAGUGUGUGUGUGUGUGUGUGUUUUCACACACGCGUUCACGGAGUCCAUCAUGUUGCUUUUUGUUGACUUGCAUUGGAGCGACGUCAGCAAAGACGAUAAGAACUC